GCCCGCCACGACUCCGUGUGGCACAGAUCAGAUACUGUCCCAAGAAAUAAAAUGCCAAGGUUCCAGUCACCUCUUUCGACUAUGGAUUGCACUGUGACACCAUCACUGCAACAGGCUCGUGUCUGUCCUCCCAAUAUGUUACCUGAAGAUGGGACUAAUCUUUACUCUGCUCGUGGCAUUUUGUCGUUUAUCCAGUCUUCCACUCGUAGGGCUUACCAGCAGGUCUUGGAUGUGCUGGAUGAAAACCGCAGCUUGGACAAGGACAAUGGGCCAGUGUUACGUGGUGGGUCAGCUGCUACCACUUCCUCUAACCCUCAGCAUGACAACACCAGGUACAGUCUUUCCAACUUGGAUACGACGCUGGAGGGAACACCAGAUGACAUGACAGUUGUAGAUGCCGCUUCCUUAAGACGACAGAUAAUCAAACUUAAUCGCCGCCUACAGCUUCUGGAAGAGGAGAACAAGGAGCGUGCUAAGAGGGAGAUGAUCAUGUACUCGAUUACCGUAGCUUUCUGGCUACUCAACAGCUGGCUCUGGUUUCGGCGCUAG